GCGUGGAUGUGUGCAUGUGGUUGGUUGGUCUGCUGGACCGGUACACGCGCGUGUGUGUGUGAGUUGGUCAGUGGGUGCAAAUGAGGAACAGACCUACCUGCCAGAGUGAGUGGCUAAGUCAGUCGGUCCGCCGUAAGGCGGCGGAUGGAUGGAUGGAUCGAUGUGCAGUGCAAUCCAUGGCUGAAUGAAUGGCUGGCAUCGGGUGGAAUGAAUGCACAGCACUCACACUGCUUUGUGGCUCUCUCUGCCUUCAUUGGGUUUGCGGCACGUCACCUGUGGGCCACGAGCUCUUCGCUCGUCCACAGGCAGGCAGCCAAUUUCAAUCAUAAUCAAUCCACUUCAACAAAACGACCACAGGCUGCCACGCACGCAGCACACGUGUCCCUCACUGCUCAUUGGCCAUUUUGUGCCUUGGCAGCGGCGGCAGCGCCCCCGAGUCUGCCGCCGCUCAUCAUGGCGGCGGGGUCGAGCUUCGUCGACACGGCCGACAUGGGCUUGCUCUUGCCAUCCUGCACACACACACACACACACACAGUGACACGAACGAGCCCCCGGCUGACUGACCUACCGGGAUUUUGAUGAGGACGAGUGCCCUCUUGCCCGGCCAGUAGACCUGGUCAACACGGAAGUACCCUCGCCGUUCAAGCUGCAUCACCGAAUCUGACACACCGACCCAACAGGCAGUCCACAGCCAAUUGCACGCCCUGUGGGUGGUUGUGGGUGCCAUUCAUCCUUUCGUGUGUCGGCACCUUCUUUGAGGUGUUUGAGCAGAGGGUCGCCCAUGGCCGCGGUGUCGAAUUGGCUGUUGCGGUUCGCCUGAAGGGAGGGAAGCCGCCAUCCAUCCAUCCAUCAGAGCACAAGUUUAUAUGUCAGAUACACGGCUGCCGCGCUGACCAGGUCUUGGAUCUUGUCGUCCUCCUCAGGUUUCUUCUUGGAGAUGAUGUGAUCGUACUCACGCAACACACACGGGGCUAGCUGAUACACACGCCACACAUGUUCACAUAUAUAUAUCCGUGUUGUGUUUGGGGGGGUCGCUCAAUCACUCACUGACUCACUGACUGACGCAAUGCAACGCACUCACUCUUGUGUCGAGAGCCGGCAGCCAGUGGAGUUUCUUCUUGGUCUUCUUGACGUCGCCAUCCAAGUGAAGAUGGCCUGGUCAUGACAUCAAGGAAGGACCACACACAGACAGACACACGGCCAGGUCAGCCAAUCAGCUGUCUGAUAGCAUUCGAGUUAGUCGAGUACCGCACCCUCCAUGUGUGUGACGUUUCCUUCGCCGUCCUUGUCGAUCCGGUCGACCACGCAGUUCCCCCAACGCAUCAACGUCACCUGAAUGAAAUGAGGGACACACACACGUUUGCAACAUCAGACAAAGACGCCACUCCCUCCCUCCCUCACUGCCUGCCUGCACGACUGCGUGCGCAUGUUUGUUGACCUACCUCUUCGCCCUGCUCGCAGAGUGCCGCAUCGUCCUUCUCGAUGAGCACGUUCUUGUAGACGAAGUAGGCGGCCUCGCCCACCUCGGCGGUCUUCGGGUGCAGCGGACGCACUCGCGCCAGUGGCUCAGGGGGGCCGUCCACCAGAUGGAACAGCACCGCAUCGCCUGACCACACCACCACAUCAGCCUCAUGUGUGGCUGUGCUGUGCUGUGUGCGUGUGUGGUGUGGUGUGGUGUGGUGUGGUGACUGACUCCCGACGGCCGAGUAUCUUGGGACGAUUGGGUCGAUGAUCUGUUUGUUCUUGGUCCACAGCUUGUCCCACUCCAUCAGGUUGUUGGCCUUGGUCGGGCCCUGCUCGUCGAUGAAGUCCCACAGCGCCUUGACCUGCAGGCCGCGCCGAAGCAUACCUGAGUGAGAAGAAAGAACCAACGACAGACAAGCAAGUGGACAGACAGAGCCACGGACACGCCUCUGCAGAUAAUGCACAGCACACAGACAGACGGCUGACCCUACCCUGGACAGUGGGGAAGCGUGGGUCUUUCCAGCUGUCGACGAUGCCCUCAUCCACAAACCACUGUAGCUUCCGCUUUGACAACACUGACACAGACACACCGACACACACACACAGAGGGAGGACAGUAUCAACCACCCCUCCCUCCCUCCCUCCCUCUAGUCUGAGUCUACCAGUGUUGACAAAGUUGAGCCUCGAGAACUCGAGAACGUGCACGUCACGCAGCCCACACGCCUGCAACAUCUGAAACGAACGAAAACGGGCAGACAGGGAGAGAGGCGUCAAACACCCACCCAAUCGCCUCUGUCUGCGCGCACGCACGCACCGUACGUACCCAUUUGUAUUGGUCGUAUCUGUCGGCGUAUUCGCUGGUGCGCAUGGCGUGUGUGACGCCCUCCAGGGCGUCCACCACAGGGCAGCAGAAAUCGUACAUCGGAUAAGCCGUGAAGGCCGUCUCUGGGCAGGCCAGGCCAACCACACACACACACACACACACGAGGGGGCAUACAUUUCAUUUGUGUGGGUGGAGGGGGGGAAGGGUGUGUGUAGUGUCCAGUCCAUGCCAUGCCAUGACCCUACUUGUUCUGUGGUGCGGUAUGUCAGUGACGCAUCGGUAGACGGCCGGGUCGCGCAUGCACUUGUUCUUGGCCUGCAUGUCGAUCCUCGCACGCACGCAGCACUCCUGGCCCUUCGGGGUGCCCUGAACGGACCAACGCACCAACACCACACACACACCAACACACACCAACACUCGAGCCGGCUCAUCUACGUAUGUCUGUUGGGUGUGUGUGUGUGUGUGUGUGCCUGUGCCACUGACUGACCUUGAGCAUCUCGUCCCAGAGCUUGAGGUUGUCCUCCACGGUGUUCUGCCGGUUGCGGCUCUCGAUGCCCUCACCACGCUCCAAACGCAUCUAUGGCACACACACAUACAGACACACAUAUGGUCGGCUGGGAGUGGCAGUGGUGCGUGCCGGCCGUCGGUCGCUCACCUGCUCCUGCGGCGUGUCGUCGACGUAGGCCUUCCCUGGCGACAAAACACACGCGCACACAGGCCACACAGGAGUGUGUGUGUGUGUAGGUUGGUUGGUUGUGUGUUUGUUGCCUCACUCACCUUCCUUGAUGAGCUUGGUGCACAUGUCCUGCAGCUGCGGGAAGUAGUCCGACGUGAAGGACACCUUGUCCUGCACCACAGCACACCACACCACACACAGGCAGUCCAUUCAUUCACAAAGCAAGGCGGCCGCUCCCUCCGGUAUGUCUGCUCUGGCUGACCGCCUUGAUGCCGAGCCGCUUGCAGUCCUCGAGGAUCUCUUCCUGGAACUCCUCCUUCUCGCGAGCAGGGUUGGUGUCGUCAAACCUGCCACACAGAGAGGAGAGGAGAAGGACACAGACAGAAGUCCAUCCACUGCCUCCCCUCCCUGUCCUGCAAUGGGGCCUGGCUGGCUGAUGGACAAGGGGGAGAGAGAGAGGGAGGGAGGGAGGGGGGGGAGGAGUGGUGUGUGUAUGUGUGUGUGUGUGUGUGUUUGCUGGGCUGAUGCACCUCCAGCCCCAUGAAGCCGCACACGCAGAGAGCCUCUCUCUGGUAAGGUUAGACAGAAUCGGCCAAAAAGCCAGCGGACAUCCCCCGAGAAGGCCAGCACUCAACAGACAGCCACCUGCCUUCAUAAAGACAUGCUCUGCAGGAAAAGGGCAACAGAGGCAGGUCACUGCACAGAUCGCUUCACCACACGCGUCUGCUCUCCUUCACCACUGGCUGACCGGGCGAGAAAGACAAAAGAGACAUUCUCUCACCCGCUCCCUGUUCCCUCUCUCUGUAGGCCAUUGCACCGCGCAGACACAGACUGACAGCCUCCAUCGAGGCCGGUGUCAGCCUGCAUUUGCGGGGGGCCUCAUAACGCAGGCGCCAUUCGGCCCCAACUGGGGGGCGGCAAGCCCGCCCCAGUCCUACCAGCCGUGCUAUACCUGCCUACCAAAGAAGCCAGCCGGCGAAAAACGGCCGCGGCUCACUCUCUGUCAGAAGCUUAUGGGUACUAGGCCUUGUCUGGAGUGAGCAUUGCAUCCAUCCGCUCUCCUGCCUGCCCAGAGAGAGGUGGCUUUCCAUGGCAGCCUGGCUAUUCGGUGAAGGUCGGCUGGCUUCGGUCAAAAAUCGCCUAGCUGUCCACAAAGAGUCUCGCUGACAGGUGCGGCGGUCACGGCAUGGGGCUGGAGGGAGGUGCAUCAGGCGCCAGCAAACACACACCGCACACACACACACACACGCGCACACCCCACUCCACUCCCCCCUCCCUCCCCUCUCUGUCCCUCCUUGUUUGCUCAUCAGAUCUAUCUGCCUCUCGGCGCCCACUGGCUUGUGUGCAGACUCUCGCCGCCAGUCGCAGUGACCGACCUGAUGAUGAGUGUGCCGUUGUAGCUCCGCGCGUAGAAGUUGUUGAUCAUGGCCGCCUUGGCGUGACCCACGUGCAGGUACCCGGACGGCUCGGGGGGGAACCGGACGACCACCUCGCCCAUCACACCACCCUCCAGCUUGCCUGCACACACACAUAGACAGGGAAGGAGAGGGAGAGGGAGAGGGAGAGGACGGUCGGGGACUCCGUAAUGCGUGAGUCUUUCACCGAAUUGGCUGGAAGGCGCUUCGGCGGCCGAUUGCCCGCCGCUCGCUGGUCCCUUCUUGUGUGGGUGUCCGCCGCCUCCGCGGGCAGGCAGCCCGCCGCUGAGUGCCGCGGUGGUCUGCACCACCUUCAGCUCGCAGAGAGUGAGGUGGACGACGGGCUGUCGGUAGACAAAGGUGAACCACCGCUUCACAUGGGGAUAGGCCUUCAAGAGGUGGUCCCUAGUGGUCACACACACACACACACACACACACACACGCACGCACACGCACAGAAAGCCAUAUGCAUGUGUCUGUCUGUCUCUCUGUGUGUGUGUGUGCUUGUGUGCGGCUCGGCUCACGUCUGGAACUUGCUUUGCUUGCCGAUCUUAGCAAACACCGCCAGGUCCGCCAGCGACAGCCGCCUGCCGACAAUGAAGGUCCGCAGCUUGAGCCAGCCAUCCAGCUCGCCAAGAGCACCCCCCUCGCCCCCCCUAGUCGCCGCCCAUUCCACCCAGUGGUCCACGCUCGACAUGGCCACACUGCCACUGCCGCCAUACAAACCGAGCGUGUCAUUGGUCAGCCGCGCCAGCAGCCGUGCCACUGACUGAUCUGAGGCCACAAACGUCUUCUUGGACGGCAGGUCGAGCCUCACCUCGCCAUCUGCUGAAGAUGACGAUGCUGUCGUCUGGUCUAUGUGGUUGUUGACUUUGAGGUCGCCCUGCCAGUUGACGAGUGCGGCGGUGAUGAGGGAGCAGAGGGGGUAGGAGGAGGCAUCGGUCGACGAGGGCAGGUGCAGUGUGUAGGCGUUGCCCGACAUGACGCAAGUCGAUUGACGCCGUGGCCAAGAUCUUAGAGGGCCUAGGCCACGGCGGAGCAUGCCAUAGCCUGCUGCCGUUUUUGUCGCUGAUCUUUGUCGCGCUGAUCUUUU